UUUAAUGUUUGUUUAGAAGUUGAUGCUGAAGCUAUAUGCCAUCGUAUGGUUCUAGUAUGUGGCACUUCCACUUGCCACAUGGCUGUGUCUCAAACAAAGUUGUUCAUACCUGGGGUAUGGGGUCCUUACUGGUCAGCAAUGGUCCCUGAGUACUGGCUCACAGAGGGUGGUCAAAGUGCCACUGGCGCAUUACUGGAUCAUGUGAUUGAAAAUCAUUUGGCAUCUCCGCAUCUCGCUAACCUUGCUGCAUCUCAAAGAAUUUCAGUGUUUGAAUUGAUGAAUAACAUGCUAGAAUCUAUGAAAAAUGAUCUGAGAUCCCCAUAUAUUGCUGCAUUGACCGAUGAUAUACAUGUUCUCCCGGAUUUCCAUGGCAACAGGUCUCCCAUUGCAGACCCUAAGUCAAAAGGUAUAGUUUCUGGGCUGACUCUCGACACUAGUGAAAAACAGCUGGCUCUUCUCUACCUUGCCACAGUACAGGGUAUUGCAUAUGGUACCCGUCAUAUUGUAGAGCACUGCAAUGCCAAUGGCCAUAAAAUUGACAUGCUACUUGCUUGCGGUGGUCUUGCUAAGAAUCCCUUGUUCAUUCAAGAGCAUUCAGAUAUCAUUGGUUACCCUAUAAUCCUUCCACGUGAGAAUGAGUCGGUGCUGUUGGGAGCUGCUAUUCUUGGUGCUGUUGCAUCAAAGAAAUAUGCUACUGUUCGAGAGGCCAUGAAGGCUUUGAAUGCAGCUGGUGAGGUUUUUUACCCAUCAAAAGACCCCAAAGUGAAGAAAUACCAUGACGCCAAAUAUCGCAUCUUCCGGCAACUUUAUGAGCAGCGGCUUGGCCAUCGUUCAAUUAUGAGGGAGGCUUUGGCAUGAACUUAAGAUGCUUGUUAUGCCAUUGUAGAAAAAUGUGUUCAUGGCAUUGGAAAUGAACAAGUGAUGUGUCCAUUAUAGCUGCCAGAGAACAUGUGCAUUUAUCAUUUUUUUUUUUUAAUGCUAGUGGUGUACAUAAUGCAAUCAAUCAGUCUGGCAUACUAUAUAGAUACCAAUCAAUUUUUGGUUUACUUGUUUCAGUUUACAACUAAAGUCUUUGAUGAAUGUUAACUUCACAACCUACUAAAAUGUUAGAACUGCACAUUUACAGUA